AUGCCAAAAGCUAAAAAAUCUACAUUAUUAAAUGAAUCUGAUGAUUGUAUUUCUUUUUUUAUUGAUCAAGCUACUGUUAAAAAUACAAAGUGUUCUACAUCCAACUGGUUAAAAAAAUUUAAUGAUCAUUGUAAAGAAUAUACAUUGGAUGGUAGUAUCGAAACUAUUUUAAACCCCAAAGAUCUUGAAUCAAACUUGAUUCACUUUUUUUCUUAUGCAAAGCGUUCUGACAAAGAAGAAUAUUCUCAAUUUUCAACUCUUAAUACACUUCUAAAUAAAAAAUUUAAAUGGCUUAGUGCUAAAGGCAAAGGUGAAACAAAAGGUUCCGAAUCUCUUACAGUUGAUGAAUGUUUCCAUAUUUUAAAACAUAAUUGUACAUCAGAAAAUACUCCAUGGGAUGGAGGUUAUGAUAUUGUGAUUUACAAAUUUAAGACUAAUCAGUGUGGAAUUAAUAAUCCAGGACAAGCUGAUCGAAUAUCUAUUCCAAAUUUAGAAUAUAUUAAUAAUGUGUAUAACAAGUACUUUUCAAAACAAUUUAAUAAUAUAAAUCUACAUUUUUAUCUACAAGCUAUUGAUGAAAAUCCCAAAGAUGAACAAACUUGGUACAAAGAUAAACAUGUUGGAGAAAAAAAACUUGGGGCACAUCUUCGCUACAUUGUAAUUGCAUCUGGAAUUGACAUAUCUAAUUGUAAAAUAACAAAUCAAAGUGGACAUCAAAUAAAUCCAUUACUUACUAAAAAAGCCAUACUUACGAAUACUACUACACAAGUAGACAAUAUAACACCAACUUUUCAAACUGCAAAAAAAAUAUUACAAG